AUGGAGUUGGAAUUCUUCAUCACCUCACAAGCCAACUCGCCAGAAACCCUCUCGCAUAGAGAGAGCCGCGAGCUGUGCAAAACCAUCGAGUUGAUAUACAUCGCCUACGACCAUAUCAGCAACAUGACUGACACGAGUCUCGGCCACACCUGCACAAGUGCCCUGCUGCACGAUGUCAACACCAGUUUGAGACUGCCGAUAACCUGCCACGGCAUAUCCGAAAUACAACUGAUCUUAGCCACCGGUUUGACAAAGAGAUACUGGAUGGGAGAUACUGUUUUCAGUGUGGAAAAGACACAACAUCCAACUUGCUGCCCGUCAAGGAAGAGGAAACUUGGUGACUGCGAAAGAGGCGCUACAUCGGGGAACCGUCGGGACCAACGCCAGAAACGAUCAGAUUUAUCGAGAACGCCCUCGAGCGGAAAUACUGUUCAUUCUGCUAGGAAGCAAAAUCAGCAGUGCGUACCUGAAGAACAGCGUCCUGACCCGCAACCAGUUGUUGAAGGGACUGCGGCGGACAAAGUUGGCGAGCUUCCCUUUCAUGCUGUAAUGCAGCCAUCGUCGACCGGCUCCGAAAUAUCUGCCUUUGAUUACAGUGUCAAUUCCGUUGCCGAUCCCAGUUCAAUUCACUCCUCAUAUAUCGGCCCCAGCGGAUCCAUCUUCGACUACAGUGUUGAUUCCAUGGCUGAUCCCAGUUCAAUUCACUCCUCAUAUAUCGGCCCCAGCGGACCCAUCUUCGACUACAGUGUUGAUUCCAUGGCUGAUCCCAGUUCAAUUCACUCUUCAUCUAUAAGGCCCAGUGGAUCCACCUUCGACUACAGUAUCGAUUUCUUGACCAAUCCCUGCUCAGCUCCCAGCCGGUUCGUCUUCGACUACCGCAUCAGUUCACUGCUCGAUCCGCAAGCGGCUCAGCAAUAUGCUACCUUUAAUUACGGUGUUGAUUCUUCGGCUGAUUCAUACUUAUCUACUUGCUUUUCUGAGCAGUGUGCGCCACCUUGA